ACCAGGAAGAAGAGGAUGUCAGCGGUAGAUAAAGAAGAUUAGGUUCCAGCAGCUCAGCCGUGACCUAGAGGAGAGGUGACAGAGUAUUGAAGAUGUCCCAUGUCGGAGCCUUUGCCGCCCUUGGGGUUGCAUUUACUGCAGCUGCUUUAUUCUCGGCCAUCCACAAAAUCGAAGAGGGGCACAUUGGAGUAUAUUACAGGGGAGGAGCAUUGCUCACAUCAACAAGUGGUCCUGGCUUCCAUUUAAUGCUGCCGUUUAUUACUUCCUUUAAAUCUGUACAGAGUACUUUACAAACAGAUGAAGUCAAGAAUGUUCCUUGUGGUACAAGUGGCGGAGUCAUGAUCUAUUUCGACCGAAUAGAAGUGGUUAAUUUCCUCAUUCCUAAUGCAGUGUACGAUAUAGUGAAGAACUACACGGCGGACUAUGACAAAGCGUUAAUAUUUAAUAAGAUCCACCAUGAGCUGAACCAGUUCUGCAGUGUGCACCCCUUGCAGGAAGUUUACAUAGAGCUGUUUGAUCAGAUAGACGAGAACCUCAAGCUGGCUCUGCAACAAGACCUCAAUUCAAUGGCUCCCGGCCUGAUUAUCCAGGCCGUCAGAGUAACAAAACCAAAUAUUCCAGAAUCGAUCCGCAGAAACUACGAGCUCAUGGAAAGCGAAAAGACCAAACUGCUCAUUGCUGCCCAGAAGCAGAAGGUGGUGGAGAAGGAAGCAGAGACGGAGAGGAAAAAGGCUGUGAUUGAGGCAGAGAAAAUGGCUCAAGUGGCAGAGAUCAAAUAUGGACAGAAGGUUAUGGAAAAGGAAACUGAGAAGAAGAUUUCUGAAAUUGAAGAUUCUGCUUUCCUGGCUCGAGCGAGGGCAAAAGCUGAUGCUGAGUUUUACACAUCGCAGAGAGCAGCUGAGGCCAACCGGGUGAAGUUAACUCCUAAAUACCUGCAACUCAUGAAGUACCAGGCAAUCGCAUCAAACAGCAAGAUUUAUUUCGGGACUGAGAUCCCUAAUAUGUUUAUGGAUAGUACAGGUGGACCCAGCGCCCCUUCUGCAGAGCUGCCCCUGGACGAGUCUCUUAACAGCCAGGACUCAUUUUCAGAAGUAAUGGAGGAGUCCAAUUUACGUGAGGAUGCCGUGGAACAUUUACUGCCGCAGUACCGAGGAUCAGGAUGUGAGGAACGCCUAGGGACAUUUCAUUGCGGCAGCGUAGGAGAAGAGAGGCGUUCUGUCACGGCCGGAUGUGGGGACCGGAUCAGUAAAAGAGAAAUAGAGGAUGGGAUGGAGUUUUAG